UCUUUCUGUCCGCUGGCCUUGUCUUAUUCAGUGUCAUUAAUGAGUGAAGAAAGUCUGGAAAUUUUAAAUUUAGAACCCGAAGGAACACAAACUACUCAUACCGAAGAGAACGAUUUAACUACAGAAGCUACUAGUAUUAUCGAAAAUGUUAUUCCGCAAGUAGUAGAAGAAGCUCUUGAAACUCCCGAUCCGAGUGCUUUAGAUAGCAUUACUGAGAGCAAUAUAAAUUUUGCUGGGGAUGAAGGGGAUGAAUUAAUUCAAGUGCAAAGUCAGCACCCAGUCGAGUCAGCCCCAUCUGAAUACUAUUAUGAAAAUAUUGGCAAUAACGAAGAUGUUGAGCUUUCCGAAACUGUUAAUCAUUAUGAAAAUUUUGAACAUAAUGAAAAAGUUGAUCAACCUUUAAGUAUGGAAGAAACUCUUCCUGAGCAAAGCGGAUACUACGAGGAUGCUGCUAACCAGGAAGAUGAAAUUUUUUUAGAAGAUGGGGCUUCAGAUAGUACCGCAACCCGAAGACCUUCUCGUUAUUCAGUUGAGGGAAAAUUAUUUAUCGGUGGUCUUGCUCCAAUGAGUAGCGAAGCCGAUUUAAAGACCACCUUUGAGAAAUUUGGAAAGUUAAUAGAUUGUAUUGUUAUGAGAGACAGUUAUACUAAUAGACCUAGAGGUUUCGGUUUUAUAACAUUUGAGGAUCCGAGAAACGUGGAUAAGGUUUUGAGCGCAGGGAAGAUUGAGAUUGACGGCCGCACCAUUGAUGCUAAAGCGGCCAUCCCUCGUAACGAAGGGAAAAACCCUCAAGACUUAAAGACUAAGAAAGUUUUUGUUGGGGGUCUUGGCUUGACCACUACUGAAACCAACAUUAAAGACUACUUCAGUAAAUUUGGUGCCGUCCAAGAAGUUCAGCUCAUGCACGACGGGGUCACGCGGCGACCGCGUGGGUUUGCGUUCGUUACAUUUGGGGAUGAGGACACUGUUGAGAAGGUCGUCCAGAAGCCGUUCCAUCAGAUCGAUAGUAAGCAGGUAGAAGUGAAGAAGGCCGUCCCCAAAGUCCCAGCUCAGGUGGCCAAUAAUUUUCAACGGCGCGUGGACCGGCACUUCACUAGAGACCGCAGCUAUUAUGGCGGCAAUUAUAAUGAUGGCUAUAGCGAUUACGGGAAUAACUAUGGCGGUGGCGGGAGAAGAGGCGGAGGCCACGAGGAUUACGGCUACGGCGGACGACGUGGUCAAGGGGGUUAUGAUAAUUACGGCGACUAUGGCCGGGGAGGACGCCCGUCUCACCGCGCCGGCGGCGGUGGCUACCAUGGGGCCGCUGGAAGGGGAGGAGGGGGAAGAAGACACGCGCCCCCUCAGCGCCACACUCCCUAUGCCCGUCCGGGAAUCAAUGAGGGUAAUUACCGAGACAAUUACCGAGACUCCGGCCGCGGAAAUUAUAUGGAAGGCGGCGGCGCUACUACGGGGGCAGGGGCUCCCACUUGGAGCGGUAGUAAUGCUACACCGUCUGCCGGCAACACCAGCUAUAGCGCCUACAGCAACGCCCCUACUGCCACGUGGAAUGCCAAUUAUACCAACAGUGCUUAUGCUAAUUAUAGCGGCGCGCCCGGAUCUGCCCUGGCGGAGCCAAUGCCUAUGGCGCGUUCAACCCAUACAACACUGGAGGGGCUGUUUUCAAUAAUGGGAAGCGCUAUGAGGGUUACGAGGGUUACUACCCGGUCGAUUACACUUCGUCUGCCCCCGACGGUCAAGUUCGUGGGGCCAAUGUUACCCCGGCAGCGGCGGGGGCCACCUCUGGUGUAGGAGCCUAUCAAACCGCCAAGGCACCCACGGCCACAUCGGAUACCACUUAUACUUACGGGCGUUGAGUCCGUCGCGCUUACUGGCUGACUGGAAAAACUCGUAGCUGGUGGCGUUGUACAUUUACGAAGCUUUACGUUCAUUAGUUGUUAAGAAGCUCAUUUGUAAGUCGUUGGGGAGGCACGUUUUUUACUGAAAUGUAACAUGAGCUUCUAGAAAUUUAUAC